GGGUUCUUUGAAGUCUCUGUUUCACUGAACCACCGCGUCGAUGAAUUGCUCGUUGGUCUUGUCGGACAAAUUGAGGCUGGUCACAGACGAGUUGAGGAGGAUCGUGUGCGUGCAACUCGACUAGCAACAUCAGUCGGAAUUGUGCGUGACUCCAUUAGCUUUCCUGGCGGAGCAACUGGUGACAAUGGAUUCUCGGGUGAAGGUGACCAGAUUCUUGGGGGUGCAGGUUUGGGAUCCACUCCGGGAUCUAGGAAACAGAGUCUCCGUGCAAAAACGGGUGGUGGUAUCUCACGCUUUUUCAAAAGGCAUUUCUACCGAGGAAACGGAGAUGGCGAAACAUGA